UUCUUCUUGGCUAGCUUAGAUACUAUCUUAUGGCACCGUAGGAUCUGCUUGGAGAUUAGCUAAAGGCAGCAAGCGGGGGUGUGGCUUGUAGCGCUCGUGACGUCAUUGUUUACCUUGAACACGCUGAGUCAGACCUGCCCACGGACCAGUCCAUUCACUCGUACGGCACUUCCCGUCUCACCACGCGAGCACUGCUCACACAGACAUACCGACAUUUUCAAACCAGGCUCAGCACCGAACGGUCGGUUUUAGAACCAUGGCGAGAACGUGGACAGCUUUGCUGACAUUGUGGUGUGCGGUUCAAGUUCACACGCAAACAACAGCCCCUAGCACAACAGCGGAACCCCCUAUACACCAACAAACCUGUCAAGGUGAAACUUUGCACAUCGAGUGUCCCCCCAAAAGAAUAAUAGAUGUAUAUGUGGCUACGUACGCUGCCCUCCCCACGCCCGGAUCGAGUGGCGAGGGUCCGGCGUACGGCGUGAGUUACACGGAACCGCCGGGCCGAUCGGACGCCGAGAUGGUGCAGGACUGCACGGGACCGGUCUACAACCGCUCCUGUCGGUUUGAGAACGCACUGCAGGUGGUCAAGAAGCACUGCGACGGAAAGUGGCGCUGUGGCGUCACCGUUGGAGAGGAGACGUUCGGUUACGUCUGUCCAGAGACUGAGAAACAGCUGAAGGUUACCUAUAGGUGCAUCCCAGCUGAGGUAGCCCGUGCUUGUGAAAACCGAUCUCUCCAGAUUGGGUGUGAAGUUGGAAGAAUUCAUGUGACGUACGCCAACUAUGGACGCACUUCUGCAACGAUAUGUCCAGAGGGUCCUGGCACCGAUAAUACAGAGUGUAUCUCAGAGGGAAGUCAGGAGAUUGUGUCCCGCCGAUGUAACGGGAAGAGACUAUGUACUGUACCAGCAACAAAUGGAGUCUUCACGGACCCCUGCAGGAACACAGCCAAGUACCUGGAGGUCAUGUACCUUUGUCUACGGGAAGGUAUGGCAAACACAACUGUGACAGUAACCCCCACUGAGACCUAUAGGCCUUCCCCUGCGCAAAUCACAUUGGAGAACACUACAGUGUCAACCACUUCAGUGUCAACAACCCAGUUGACGACUACAACCAUAGCAACACCACGAUAUUGUGCCGAGGACUUAGUGGAGACAGCGACCGGACCGCCCGUGAUUUUCCCGCGGACAGAGGCUGGAACUUUCGCCUAUUCACAAGAACGCUGUGCCUCCCUGUCAGGAAAUGGUAAACCGCACGCCACCCGGUACUGUAGGGAAAACCCGGAAGGUACAGUCGAGUGGGACCCACCAAUCUUCCUUAUAUGUGACGUCGGGCUGGGAGAUCUGUCUCAGACAACAGUAACCACGGAGACAGCUGUGACAGUAGCUACAGAACUGCAAGUCAUCACCACACAGUCGGCAACUCUGACACCUGAUGAAGUCACCACUACAAGUGUACUCAUACAGGAGAUAGUCAGUGCCAGUCCUACUGAACAGGUUGGGGACUCCCUCCUGACUACCGUAGACAACCUGAUGAGUGUUAACGCCACUGUUCUCAAGCAGAGUCAACAGGAGAGACAGGGACCAACCAGAGUUGCCCAGGCAUUAGAAAGGUUUGCUGACACAGUGAUGCUGACUGAGAGAAAGUACACCACAGUCCGCCCUGCUGUGGCUCUACAGGCUGUGGACGUCAGUCUAGAGGAACUAGACAUGGGACAAGGAUUUGCCUUCUCAAGCAGUGGAAACACGACAGACAGUCUGGCGUCAGGCAGUGUGUCCAGCUUCACUACAGCAAGCAGAGCUGGGUCACCACAGGACACUGACAUCUCCAUCACUCUACCUACCAACCUCUCAAGAGUACUACAGAUCAACAACACAGCAGAUGUUCGUGUAAGUUACAUCCUGUACAACGACAGCAGCCUGUUCAUCGACCCUUCCCAGGGUCCCGUGGGUUCUCGCGUCAUCGGCAGUAAACUAGCAGGACUUCAGGUCAAGGACCUGACCAAGCCUGUGGUCAUCACAUUAACACCUCUGGAGGACAUCUCACCUGAGGACAUAGAGACAGUCAGGUGUGUUUUCUGGGAUUUCGAGGCCGAGGCAGGACAGGGUGCGUGGUCCUCGGAAGGGUGCGAGUACAAAGGAGAGGAGAAUGGAGUUUACACAUGUGAGGUCUAUCACCUCACCAACUUUGCAGCCUUCUUUGACCUACAUGGCUCAGGAUUUGGAGUACACGAGACACCACUACAGGUCAUCACCAUAGUGGGAUGUGCUAUUUCUAUUGCAGGGCUGGUCCUUACACUACUAUCCUUCGUCAUCACAAGAAAGUACAACCGUCGUACAACCGGAGUCCACGCCCGGAUCCAGAGGGUGGUUCUCAUCAACCUCUGUGUAACCUUACUGGCCAUCCUCAUCAUAUUCCUCGCUGGCAUCAAUCAGACGGGUUCUCCCAUUGGCUGCACGGUCGUGACAGCUUUGUUACACUAUUUCUUAUUGGCUGCCUUGAUCUGGAUGGCGAUGGAAGCUAUUAACAUCUACCUGGCAGCUGUGAUGGUGUUUGAGCAGUAUGUGACCAGGAACUUCAUUCCCAAGGCUGCUGCUCUGGCAUAUGGCUUUCCCUUUAUAGCCAUGAUUCUGACAGUGGGACCAUCAAGUCUCUAUGAAUACAGGAACACCAACUACUGCUGGCUGGCCCAGAUGCCGCUGAUCUAUGCCUUCCUGCUGCCCGCCGGGGUGAUCCUGCUGUUCAACCUGGUGCUGUUCUGCAUCAUCCUGUACAACCUGGCCAAGAGGGAGAGGAAACAGAUCAAACUCACUGGUUCCAAGAAAGACGAGUCCGACCCCAAAUGGGUGGUCCGCCAGCUACGUCGUGCCGUCAGUCUCCUUGUCCUGUUUGGUCUCACAUGGAUGUUCGGUUUCUUCGUCAUCAAUGACACCCGGAUCGUCUUCGCCUAUCUCUUCUGUAUCUUCAACACCCUACAAGGCCUCUUCAUCUUCAUCUUCCACUGUGUUCUGAGAGAAGAUGUGCAGAAGUGGUGGGAUAAGGUGUACUGCAAGGGGAGGAAGAAGGACAGAUACAUCGUCAAGAGGAGCACAUUCUCUUCAUCCACAGGUCGAACACCAGAGAGGAUACAUCUCAAUGUGACGCCAACAACAAGUAGAGCGUAACCUUAGCACUCAAGCCCUAUCCUGACUAGCUUGUCAUAACACAAUUAACAGUUCUACCAAUAAGAGAAUAGCAUUCAGCAUUUCAACCAAAGAAUGGCAAUUUGAGGUGUGACCAAUGCGAGAACGGCAAUUAGUUGUUUGACCAAUGUGAUGCCCAAAACAAGUAGAGCGUAGCCUUAGCACUAAGCCCUAUCCUGACUUGUCUAACAGUAACACAAUUAACAGUUCAGCCAAUGAGAGAAUAGCAAAUAGCAGUUCAACCAAUAAAUGGCAAUUCGAGGUGUGGCCAAUGACAAGAUGGUAAUUAGUUGUUUGACCAAUGUUGGUAUUUUUAUGUUUUUAUUUUGCAUUUUCUAGCCUUUGACUGAUGUGGGUAAGGCUAUGAGAUGGUCUAUGAAUGGGGCAAAGAAAGGUCUCAAGACCAGUGCUGCAAUAUGUACAUUGUAGAUAACUACAUGUAAAAAGAUAUAGGAUCUGUCCAUUGAUGCUUGAAAGGUAGUCCAUAUGGCAAGAUCUUAUGUCUGCAAUAACUACUUAUGUAAUAUAAACAUACAUGUACACUAGCUAUAUUUAUGGCAAUGUGCUUUGACAUAUUCAAAAUCAUGUCACUAACUUAAGAAGUAACAUGACACCAUGACUUGAUAUUCAUAACCAUUAUUUCACUUCAUAUAUCCUUUAACCAAUGAAUAACAGAUAAGACUAACCUUUCAUACAAUAUCUCAUUCAACUGUAAAUGUAAAACAAAGUGCUUUGAAAUGGUACUGCAUAAGAAAAGUUGCUCAAUCGUUGAAAACACUGUUCAAACAUGCACAAUUAUAUUUAGUUUGACUUUAUUACCAUUUGCAAUGCUCAUAUGGAAGCUGCACUGAUGCAGCUGUAGUAGUUACUAGUACCUUUUGGGGUAUGUGCCAAAGACGAAAUGUCAAAUUUGCUAGUUCAUUAUAUUAAAUUGCAACAUUCAUUGUGAUAUGUAAGGAGUGAAGGCCCCUACAUUGUAACUUGCGAACAAUUCUCAUCUGGACCAUGCUUACUAUAAACUUGUCCAGACAUUUUGUUUAUGUCUCUGGGGACUUCACCUUUGACAUAUUUCCCAUGGUGCAUCUUGCUGCACAUAUGCAAUUUAAUCCAUGAACCAGCUUAUAGAUCUAUAAAAGGGUCUAAUUCUUAGAUAUGGUUUGCUGGCAAGGCAUGUCAAGGAUAGACUCCUUUUGUCAUAUUUUACAAAUAUAUAGCUCAAAUAGGAAAUAGCAGUACUUCACUUAGUUUACACUUUGUAAAAUAAAAGUGGAACACACAAAGAACUUGAAAAGAAUGAUGCACAGUUUAUUUACAUAACAAUAAAGAAAUAAUUUCAGA